UCUGAAAAUCCCUGAACAGCGAACAGCGGAGGCAAAUGGAAUCAAACGUCAGAACCAGCAUGGUCUGAGAGAGAUCUGAAACUCAGACUCCACAAUCCAUGGGAAAGUUUCCUGCUGUGCCAUGGAAUAAGUGACAGAAAAUGACAGCAAGACUUCUAAGAACAACCGUGGCUUUGCUCUUCCUUGGCCUCUUUGGGGUCCUGGAGGCGGCAACAAUAUCAUGCAGAAAUGAAGAAGGUGAAGCUGUGGAUUGGUUUACCUUUUAUAAGUUACCUAAAAGGCAAGACAAGGAAGGUAGAGAGACUGGCUUAGAGUACCUAUACCUAGACUCUACAACUAGAGGCUGGAAGAGGAGUAAGCAACUAAUGAAUACCACCAGCAGUGUUUUGGGAAGGACAUUACAACAACUGUAUGAAACAUGUGCCUCGGAGAAUAACGACACAGCCUAUCUAAUAUACAAUGAUGGAGUCCCUAAAUCUAAGAAUUACAGCAGAAAGUAUGGACACACCAAAGGUUUACUGCUGUGGAAUAGAGUCCAGGGAUUCUGGCUGAUUCAUUCCAUUCCCCAGUUUCCUCCAAUUCCUGAAGAAGGCUAUGAUUAUCCACCCACAGGGAAACGAAAUGGACAAACUGGCAUUUGUAUAACUUUCAAGUACAACCAGUAUGAAGCAAUAGGUUCUCAGCUCUUGGUCUGCAACCCAAACGUUUAUGGCUGUUCCAUCCCAGUCACCUUUAACCAGGAGCUGGUUCACAUGCCCCAGCUGUGUGCCAGGUCCAGAUCAUCAGAGAUCCCCAGCCGGCACCUUACCACACUUCAGUCAGCCCAGGGACAAAACUUCCUCCAUUUUGCAAAGUCUGAUUUUUUUCUUGAUGACAUCUUUGCAGCCUGGAUGGCUCAACGGUUGAAAACACACUUACUAACAGAAACCUGGCAGCGAAAGAGACAAGAGCUUCCUUCAAACUGCUCCCUUCCUUACCAUGUCUACAAUAUCAAAGCAAUUAAGAUAUCCAGACAAUCUUAUUUCAGUUCUUAUCAGGAUCAUGCCAAAUGGUGUAUUUCCCAAAAGGGCACCAAAAAUCACUGGACAUGUAUUGGAGACCUAAAUAGGAGCCCAUACCAAGCCUUCAGAAGUGGAGGAUUCAUUUGUACCCAGAAUCGGCAUAUUUACCAUGCAUUUCAAGGAUUAGUUUUGUAUUAUGAGAAUUGUAGCUCGGGUUGGUGAAAGGACAUAUGUGCUAUCAUUUUCAACAUUGAUAAUGGGUCUUCUUCUACUAGAUCCACUCCUUACACAUUAAAAGUCUGUGAGUUUACUUAUAGUCCACAUAUCAUCAAAUAAAAUGCUUUUUCUCCCAUG